AGUCCGGGGGGAGAAAGUGCUGCUUUGUGAAUGAAGGGAGCGGCGGAGGGCAGAAAACUAACUUUAACCAAAAUUAUUUCACCAUUCACCCGGAGGCGCCUUCGACGGUGCGACACGCGGACCGAGAAAAUACAAAGCUCCGCGGUCUGGUUAUAUUCGGAGAAGCUGUAAAUCAUGGUGGUCAGUUUGGCCUGUCUCUGCCUGGUGGUGGUGGUGGUGGUAGUCGGUGGUGACCCCUGCCUCAUCAUCAGCGAGAUCAACGCCGACAACCCCAGACUGGACACCACUGAGUUUGUGGAGUUGUAUCACACCAGUGGACAGCGGGCUUCGCUGGACGGCUACACCCUCGUGUUCUAUAAUGGAAAUGGAAACAUCGCCUACAAGGUGCUGGACCUCAAAGGCCACAGCACAGAUGACAGGGGCUUCUUCCUGGUGGGCUCGGUGGACAUGCUGCCCAAACCAGCCAUCCUCCUGCCUCCCAACACGGUCCAGAACGGCCCGGACGCCAUCGUGCUCUACCACUCGUCUGCCUCUCGCUACAGUGAGAAGAUGAACGUCACGGCAAUGGGGCUGGUGGACGCCGCCGUGUACAUGACUCGCCGCACUGGGGGCGCAGAGUUCCUCGCCGAGACUCUGACGCCAGGAGAACCGGCCUUCGUCGAGGAUGAAACGGCCCUCGAGGGGGACGAGUCGAUCGAGAGGUGCCUGCUGUCUGAGGACCGCUGGGGCUUUCAGGUGUCCUCGCCCUCCCCGGGUCAGAGGAACAACUGCACCCCGCCCGCCGCCCCGGCGACCAGCCCCGUCAUCACUGAGCUGAAGCUGGGAGGAGGGCAGGUGGACGGGUUCGUGGAGCUAACGGAGGCUCCGGCUGCUGGUCCUCUGGUGUUGGUUGUGUUGGAUGGGAGAACGGACAGGGUCAGCGUGAGCGUGGAUGUGAAUGUGGACACCUCCAGGAACGGGUUGAUCUCUGUGACCAUAGAGAAGAGCUACAUGAAAGGAGAUGAGUCCGGGGCAGUGGCCGUUUACAGUGGCAGAGCCUCAGAUUUCCCUGUGGGCAGUCCACUGAGCCAGAUACAGCCUCUAGAUGCAUUUGUGUUUGCUGGACCUGGAAACAAGCCUAGUGCCAACCUCUCAGAGACUCUCAUCCCGGGCAGAGAGCCCUACCAACUCAGCAACAGUUUGAGAGAGGGAGGCUUCUAUCUGAGUCGCUGUGGUGUGGCCACCUGGGCCAGAGAUCCUGGGGUCUUCUGGGAGGCCCCGCAAACUCCUGCACAGCCCAACCAGUGCCCCUGGCCUAAGAUCUGUCCGCACAGUAAUGCGAUUCCAGGAGGUACAGAUUCACCAUCUCACCUCCCACCCUGGGGGAGCAGUGACUUCCUGAUCAAUGAGCUGAACACUGAUACACCUGGCGCAGCUGAGGACGGCGAGUACAUCGAACUUUGGCACCCAUCAGGACGCCGGGUCUCCCUGCAGGGCAUCUGGAUACUGCUGUUCAGUGCACACAACAACAGACCCUACAGGGAGAUCGCCAUGAGUGGACACUUCACCACAUCUAAGGGCUACUUUCUGCUGGGCAGCGACAGGUUGGUGCCAGCUCCGUCAAUCCGCUUGCCUCCUAAUACCAUCCAGAACGGACCAGAUGCUGUGGCACUCUAUCGCAGCCCGUUUGGUCAACCGUCGGCGACCCAAAGGGGGAUCCCCACCAAAGGCCUGCUGGAUGCAGUGGUGUACCGGCAGAGAGGAUCAGACAGGGAGGCGCAGGAGCUGAGUAAAGCUCUGACCCCAGGACAGCUGCCUCUGCUGGAGGAUCCAGAGGUUCUGCCUGGUGAUGAGGCCCUCAGCCGCUGUAGAGGCCUUUACCCCUAUGACCUGUCUGCUUUUUCAGUGGCUCCACCCACACCUCUGAGGGAGAACAUCUGCCCCCGCCCCCCUCCAGCUCCUGAGGGUGUGGUCAUCAGUGAGGUGGCUAGUGGCCACUGGACCAAUCACAGCCAGCAGAGGUCCUUUGUGGAGCUGCACGGCCCCCCCAUGACAGACCUGCGGGGCCUGGUGCUCACCGUGUUUGACCAGGAGUACAGUGGGACCGUCAUUGCCCUUCCUUUGACCGGAUCUGUUGACCAGGAUGGAUUUUACAUCGUUGGAAAUGUCACUGGAGCAGAUCAGACUUUCCUGGAGGGCUCCGCGGUGCCGGUACGAGGAGCAGUAGUCCUGUGCUAUGACCUGUUCAGUGUCUGUAGAGCUGGCACUGCUCUGACAAAUUCCAGCCUCAGAGAUGUGCUGGUGUUCAGUGAAAACCAGCAGCUGCUCUCCUCUCUGUCCACCACCAGAGGGAGACAAGUCAUUCCAGCUGCCAGGUCAGUGGAAGAUGGUCCUGUUUCCCUGAGCCGGUGUUCAUGCUGCGAGGUGAGGAGCCCCUCCUCCUGGACAAGCUCCUCCCCCACACCUCACAGCACCAACCUCUGUCCGAGCUCCGCCUUCUCCAGUCACAUUGACCUUUGCCUCGGGCCGCUGUCCAGUGACUGGCAGGAGCAGUCGGCAGACUGCAGUGGUCUGAUCCAGGGCAAGAAGGUCGCGGAGGUGGCUGAUUAUCUGGAGCAGAGGUGUCACUGUGGCAUCUCUGCUUUGUAUCUCCAAGGAGCCAACUUUUCCUGUGUGUCUGGGUGGCUCCGAGUGUGGGGGAACAUCCAGGCGCUGUCGGACCAUCAGAAGGCCCUCAUCAUCCAGACAUCGCACAUGAAGCCCUCAUCUGCACAGGGAGACGUCUGCUCUGCUCCAUCCACAGACCGUUACACAAGCACAGCGUCUGCCCUGGGGUUACAGAUCGGGCUCAUAGUGGCAGUGCUCCUGCUGCUCGGACUGGGAGCUGCUCUGUUCACGUAUUUCUACAGGAGGAGGCGCCCUCUGGACUAUUACACCAUGGAGCUGAAUGAACAUGCAGAGGGACUGACCGAUCUAUAAUCCAGGCAUCUGGAAGUGCUUGUGUGCUUGGGAGGACUUCAGCAGAGAGG